AAUUAAAAAAAAAAAAAAAAAACUCAGGAGACAUCCUCUUAAUCCACUUGAAUAGUCACAAACCAAUGAGGGGCUAUUUCGUAAUUAGGUAUUAUUCUACAGUUUCUGCUAUCAUUCGUUUGCUGAAUUUGGCGGGUGGGAAUAUUUUUGACUGUUUAUUCCCAAUAAUGGGGCACACACAGAUCGAAAGAGAUAAGUACACGAUGAAGAAAGAAGGACGCAUCAAAUUGACAAGUUGGGCAAAAAGAUCGAUGCAACUUAGGUAGAUUGUUCGAGAUCACCAAAAGGUUCCUCGCUUUCGCUGCAACGUUCUCCCUCAGGUCGAAUUUUGUAGGGUUUUCCCUUUCAUAUUCGUAAUCGGCCUGGUGUUAAUGGAAGAAUGAAUCGUUAAGUGUAUACGUAAGAUAAGUUAACGCCAAAGAUUAAGGAAAAACGUAGUCAAAUUCCUUUGGCUCCUAUCAAUGAUCCACGGGAUAAGAUUUGCCCUGUCUUACUGUUGAAUUUAUGAGUACUUUCAACAAAUUUUCCACUGUAAUCACAAGUCUCAACUAACUAAAUACAUAAUCUAACAAAAGAACAAGCACCCGGAGAAUGGCUAUCCACUAUUAUUGAAAAGGUUACAGGAUAAUCGGCUUAUACUUACAAUAUAAUCCCCUUUCAAGUCCCCUUCGAUGCUAACCUUGAUAGUUUUUGAUCCAAGAGAUCCCUAUUUUUCUAAACAGACCUUUCGUCUACUUAGGUUUUCUCCAGAAACUAUGAAUUAUCUCCUCUCCCGAGGCUGUAAUUGGUUCAAAAAUGAAUUGGGCGACAGUAAGCCACUCGUGUUUAGGUCAAUAUGAUCUUUCUUAUCUAUGGCUCAUGAAAAACUUUUGAAUCCAUUUUCCUAUUCUGAAGAAUUUCACCUCUAUCUUUGUUUGAACAAUAACACGUUUAAUCAAAGAACAUUCAAAUGGUUCUCAUUAGUGUCGUACUUUUAGAACUUCUUCACAAGAACUCAGAUCAGAUGUAUGUUUGUUUUGUUUACAGAAAUGCACAUAUCUAAGAUGUAAACCUUGACAUGAGCUCAUGCAUCUAAGAUUCCCACUUAUCACUAGCAGCCAACAUCAUAAUGAACAAAUUAGGUCUCAUGCAGCCUAAUUUUUUCAAAGUUACACACUCUUACCCUUCUUCUAUAAUCUCCUGCAUACACAAUGCACCACCACAUGGAGCAGCAGAAGUUUCACGAAUCACAAGUCUGGUCAACGAGUCAACAACAUCUAGAGUCCUCAAAGAUGUUCACUUAUCGACACAGUUGCUAGAUGGCUUUCUUGAUCUUGCGGAAGAUAACACAAGCAAGGAUCUGGAGACAUGUGGCGUUCUUGGGGCCUUUCUUAAAGAAGGGACCUAUUAUGUAACAACUCUUAUAAUACCAAAACAAGAUUCUACUUCUAGCACAUGUCAGGCUGUUAAUGAAGAGGAAAUAUUUGCCAUUCAAAAUGAACAAUCCCUUUUCCCUGUUGGAUGGAUCCAUACACAUCCUUCCCAGAGUUGUUUUAUGUCAUCAGUUGAUCUACAUACACAAUAUUCUUAUCAGGUGAUGGUACCAGAGGCAGUUGCUAUUGUCAUGGCUCCCACAGAUACAUCAAGGAGUUACGGGUAUUUUCGAUUAUCCGACCCUGAUGGGAUGAAAAUUGUGAGGGAGUGCCAAGAGACUGGAUUUCACACCCAUUCAGAACCUCUCAAUGGAGCUUCCAUUUAUGAAGACUGCUCCAAUAUAUAUCUUAACCCUAAUCUCAGACUAGAAGUAUUUGAUUUACGUCAUUAA